AUGCCGACCAAGGCGCACCGUCGCUCCCGCUCGUCAAUUGACCGCGUCUUCGAGCUGCUCGGGGAGCUCGAAGACACCCAGAUCGCGCUUCUCCUGGACGACUUGAACCACACCACGCCGAGCAAUGUGCCAGUACCGGAAGCAAUUGCUCUGUUUGAACACCAUGCUGCAGCAAAGCCGAGCAGAAAAUACGAUCGGUCGUCGUCGCCCGUGAGAACACUGCAGGCAGAGCUGGAGCGACGGCACAGCAAGAGGAUCUCGUCUGCACCUGAACCAAGAAUCCGACCCAAGACGGCCUCGCCAUGGCCAGCGACGACUAGGCAAUCCGCCAUCAACUCUGUCACCAACCCCACACGGGCCACGCCAUACCCUCCUAAGGAGCCUUCUUCUCAGCCCGACCGUCCUUCUUUGACACUAUCCCCACCCGCGUCUGCCGAGCGGCCCAUGACCUCGAACAGUCUGUCCCCCGAACCUCGGCCCCGAUCUUACAAGAGAAUCAGCCGUCCGAUGCUCCUUUCACCGACUGCGACAGCUGAGCUGCAUCAGCUAUUGCUCGCCUACUUCAGCGAUACUCCUCCUUCCGCAACGACAACAGCCACGCCGUCGCCUCUCAACCCCCACAGGAGCGCAUUCCCAUUCACCUUUUCUCCGCUCGAGCCGGAGCCGGAGCCGGACACGCCGGGACUGGAUUUGCUCGAGCCGUCACCCACACGGACCCCACAAUCUGUUCCCGGAAAAAGUAUCAGAACGACACCUAGCAUGAGCAGCAUAUUCGAGGUUCUGAGUUCACACUGA